AUGACGCUUCCCAACGGAAACGACCCACCCUUUCCAAACCCCUUGUACCAGGAGGUCAAGGCCUGGGUUGCUGAGCAGGAGGCUUACGAGCUCACGAAUCAGGCACCCGCCCAUCUGACCGACGCCCAGCGGGUAUUCCUCGACAGCUUCCGCGCAAAAUCACCGCUCCCAGAAAUAGGGCAGGUGGACUAUGUCAGCCUGCUAUGUCGAUAUCGACAGGCUAAUCCUACGGGCAAGAAGAUCACGUUCGCGGAGGGGAUGCACAGUGAGAGAAGCGCAGAGGGGCCUCCCCAGUGGACUUGCACGGUCGAGCUCAGCGAGUCUCUUGCCCACGAGCCCGCCAUCAAGAGAUUCCCAGCUGCGGGCUUCGGCUUUGACGAGACUGGCUGCCCGCCUUUUGGGAAGAAGAAGGACGCCAAGCAAUAUGCCGCGAAGUGCGCCAUUGACUGGCUGAUCACGCAGUCACUCAUGCCUUCUAACCUCCAAGAUGUCACUUCCCCCAAGCAACAACUUCCUUUCCCCCGUCCUCUCCCAAUCCAGGCGAGCCAAUCAGCAAAGCGGCCGAAUGACGGCACUAACGGCGUCCUCUCGCCGCCCCCGAAGCGCAAGACCAAGGGGACGAACGGCGCCGUGGACGUGGACGACAACAGCCUGCCCGCCACGCAGCGUGUCACGACCCUCUGUCACAGCAUGAAACUGAGAGCGCCGACCUACCGCCUCACCAACUCGGAUCCCCGCGCGAACUACAUCUUUGACGGCUAUCCGGACUUUGGCGAAGACAGCGAUGAGUUCCCCGAAGACCUGGGGAAAGUCACUGGUGUGGCUGGGAAGGACGGCGCGAGGCAGGAAAUCGCCGAGCUGGUACUGGAGCACCUACUGGUUAUGCAUAGAGAGAGGACGGAGAAGUAUGAGAUGCUUUCAAAGGUGACUGGCUCGCAGCGUGGGUUUGACGGGCUGUAG